UCCAGCCCCGGGGCCGCCGCCAUUUUGGAGCCAGCCUUGCUCCCGCCGCCCGCUGUCAGCGCAGCCCCGGCCGCGCCGCCCCUCCUCGAUCCGCGGCCCUAUGCCCCGCGGGGAACCCCGCAGCCAGGCAGCGCCUCACCGCGGGCCGGAGGGCAGCGUCCGGACCCUUAAUCGACAACAGGAUAGAGAGAGGGAAUUCCCACUGGAUGAAGAUAAUUAUCUGAAGCUGGGUGUAUUCCAGGAACCAUAACCCAAAUGUUUCUCUGUCUGUGGAGAAGAUCUCACGUUUGAAAUCACUUCUACUGAAGCUAGGUGUGUCCCACCAUCAUGUUCUGGAAGUUUGAUUUGAACACGACGUCGCACGUGGAUAAGCUGCUGGAUAAAGAAGAUGUGACACUUCACGAGCUGAUGGAUGAAGAUGACAUCUUACAGGAGUGCAAGGCUCAGAACCGCAAGCUGCUGGAUUUCCUCUGCCAGCAGCACUGCAUGGAGGAGCUGGUCAACCUCAUCACACAUGAACCCCCCAUGGACAUGGAUGAGAAGGUCCGCUUCAAGUACCCCAACACCGCCUGCGAGCUGCUGACCUCCGACGUGCCCCAGAUCAACGACAAGCUGGGGGGGGAUGAGACACUGCUCAACAUCCUCUAUGAUUUCUUGGAUCACGAGCCGCCCCUGAACCCACUGCUCGCCAGCUUCUUCAGCAAGACCAUCGGGAAUCUCAUCGCGAGGAAAACAGAGCAGGUGAUUGCAUUUCUAAGGAAAAAAGACAAAUUCAUUAGCCUGGUGCUAAAGCAUAUAGACACAUCAGCCAUGAUGGACCUCCUGCUUCGUCUGAUCAGCUGCGUGGAGCCCGCGACGCUACGGCAGGAAGUGCUGAACUGGCUUAAUGAAGCAAGAAUUAUUCAGAGACUGGUGGAGCUGAUCCAUUCAAGCCAGGAUGAGGAUAGGCAAUCAAACGCUUCCCAGACCCUGUGUGAUAUCAUAAGAUUGAGCAGAGACCAGAGCAAUCAGCUGCAGGACAUACCUGAGCCUGAUCCACUUCUCACCGCACUGGAAUCGCAGGAAUGUGUGGAGCAGCUCCUGAAGAAUAUGUUUGAUGGAGAGCAGACUGAGAAUUGCAUAGUGAAUGGAACGCAGGUUCUGCUGACAUUGCUGGAAACCAGGCGCUCUGGGGUGGAAGGACUGAUGGACUCAUACACUCAGGGAUUUGAAAGGUCUUACACUGUCAAUAGCAGCAUCUUACAUGGCAUUGAACCGAGGCUAAAAGAUUUCCACCAGCUGCUGCUCAGCCCUCCCAAGAAAGCAGCAAUCCUGACGACCAUUGGUGUCCUGGAGGAGCCGCUGGGCAACGCUCGUCUUCACGGAUCUCGCCUGAUUGCUGCUCUGCUCCACACAAACACUCCCAGUAUUAAUCAGGAACUAUGCAGACUCAGUACCAUGGAUUUAUUACUUGACUUAUUUUUUAAAUACACGUGGAAUAACUUUUUGCAUUUCCAAGUGGAAUUGUCCAUAGCAGCUAUUCUCUCACACUCUGUGCAAGAGGGAAGAACUACUGCCAAUGACCCAGAAAGCAGAGAAGAGGUGCUGAAUGGAAACGUGACCACAGAGAACCAAGAAACUCCAGAAAACAACACAGAGAAUAUCAUGGUUACUCAUUUGUUCCAGAAGUGCUGCUUAGUGCAAAGGAUACUGGAUGCCUGGGAAGCUAACGACAAAAUACAGGCAGAAGGGGGAAUGAGGCGAGGCAACAUGGGCCACCUCACCCGCAUCGCCAACGCCGUGGUGCAGAACAUGGAGAAGGGCCCCAUGCACACCCAGAUCAGUGAGUUCAUCAAAGAGCUACCUGAGGACUGCAGAGGGAGGUGGGAGAGCUUUGUAGAAGAGACGCUGACGGAAACAAACAGGAGGAAUACGGUGGAUUUGGUGAGCACUCACCAUCUGCACUCUUCCAGUGAGGAUGAAGACAUUGAGAGUGCUUUUCCCAAUGAACUUUCUCUCCAACAGGCCUUCUCUGAGUACCAAAUCCAGCAGAUGACAGCAAACUUCGUGGAUCAGUUUGGCUUUAAUGACGAGGAGUUUGCUGACCAGGAUGAUAAUAUCAAUGCUCCUUUUGACAGGAUUGCAGAGAUAAACUUCAACAUAGAUGCAGACGACGACAGCCCCAAUGCUUCCCUCUUUGAAGCCUGCUGCAAUGAGCGAAUCCAGCAAUUUGAUGAUAACGAGGAAGAAGAAGAUAUCUGGGAAGAGAAGGAGAUAACCUAUGCAACACAAGUGAAAUCCAGGACGAGGUUUGGAGCAUCUCAGGCCUCAGAGAGCUCAUCUAAAAGUGAUCUCGAGAACGGAGAUCACGAUGGCAGCGUGGACUCAGAAGAAGAGGAGGAGACAGAACAGCAGGUGCCUUCUUCCUCAGCCAACAGCAACAAGAGCAAUGCUGCAGAGCAGAAGGAGUCCGACUCUUCUGAAGGCUCCGGGUGGACAGCAGUGUUUGAGCCUGUCAGCUCGAAGCCCCCCACCCCCUGCGUGGCCAUGGAUGUUGGAUCCAGCGUGUGGGACUCGGCGGCCCCGGAGAACGCUGCUCCAGAGAAGGGGUGGGCCAAGUUCACAGACUUCCAGCCUUUCUGUUGCUCUGAAUCGGGCCCACGGUGCAGCUCUCCUGCAGACACAGAAAGCAGCGAUUCGGACGGCAACCCGAAGCAGAGUCAGGACAAGAACUUCAGCACGGCCUCUCCCUGCGUCUGGAACGUCUGCGUCACGCGGAAGGCGCCGCUGGUGGCUUCAGACAGCAGCUCCUCGGGCGGCUCAGACAGCGAGGAUGAGGAUGAGAAAGGAGAUGCCAUCACAGAGACCAUCAGCACGGGUGCAGGCCAGGAAACAGUCAAGCUGACGAUGGAUGCGAAGAACGAGAAGGCUGUUUUCACCAGAGUCUUUAGACCUGCAGGCAGAGGCGAUUCAGGCUGCAUGGUGAUUGAUAAGCUGACCAUCACAGACAUGGGAACGACCAAAGCAUCCAAACCACUGAACAAUGCUGCCCAGCAUCCAGAGGAGCACCAGAACACGGCGCCGGUCACAGAAAUGGCCACGAAAGACAGGAAAGAAGAAGCCUUGCCUUGUGCUGAAGCCACAUUAAAUGGCCCUGCUUGAUGACACAGAUGCAAUGGGACGUGUGUGAUCCAGGCCAGGCUGCUACCUGGUGAUGCAAUUUGUCAAUUUCUUUUUUUUUUUUUUUUUUUCCUUUUUUUUUUUUUUUUUUCAUUUUAAUUUUAUUUUUUAAUAAAUGCUGCAUUGAUGAGAGAGCUGGCAUUCAGGACCAGACACGGAGUUUCGACACCAACAAUCUGUUCUGAAAGACACUCGCACUGUCUAAAUGUAGCAUCCAUCAGUUAGUCAUCACAGGAAUGAUGGGGUUCUUCCCAAGCAAGCCUUCUGCCUAACUUCAAUUCCUGUCCCCUUCCCUCUCUCCCUUGGUUUUGUUUUGUAUCUGGGGUUCAGUCCUAUUUUCUUAGUGUUAUUGCACACAGUAUUCAGCUUCUCUUCCGAAAGGUAGCAGGUCUAACGCUGGGACACGGACAGCACACAGCAGUCCCACAGUCGUGUGACCAAAGUUCCUGAUGGAGCUGCCCUUUGGGCAGCGUUUGCACCGCUUUUGUAUAGCAAUAAAGCCUUAUCAGAAACAUUUCAUAGGAGGAAAAAAGAUGCAAACACUUUAAACGGGACGAGGCAGGGAGGGUUUUUUUUGUUUCUUUUUUUUUUUGUGGGAUGGGAGGGAUAUCACCGACGUCGUCCCGAGCCAGAGGCCAGGUAGCCAACCUGCUGUCGUGCUGGACUGUCUCGAGAAGCGGCCAGGCUCUGAAUUCGUAGCUCCGUGCUCUGCCGGUGAGAGGCGGGCUGGUUCACUGCAGGACCUCAGGUCGCCGGCAGCCGGCCUCUGCUGUCUGAGCCAUCACAGCUCCACCUCCCGGAUGCCCUCCGUUGGCUGCGGAGUUUGCAAAGGAGGCAACGCGACCGAGAGGAGAGCGAUGCUUCGGACUGCUGCCGUGCAGGAGCAAGAGCAGAUAUGGCACAAACAGGUUAUCAGGUGUUUGCUGGCUUUUUUGGAGACUGUUGUAUUUUCAAAUGAUUAUUAUGAAAAAUCCUUUUUUUUUUGUUUUUGUUUUUGUUUUUGUUUUGUUGUUUUGUUGUUUCGUUGUUUUUUCUUCUGUUUGUUUCGUUCUGUUUUUAAAGUUUUUUAAUGGAUGCAGGAACAGCAACACUUUUGCACUUUGUACCUAGCGACAACAUUGGAGAAUGAAAUGGCCCCAGCACAGGACUCCUGCUGUUACUUUACACCCCCCACCCCGGGCAGGCAGUGAGCUGGGGGACGUGGGAUGGUUGAGCACAGCAGCACAAAGCACCGGACUGCACCUCACGCUGCCUGGGAGCAAGGUCAGUUACAGAUGGCUGCUUGCCCACACAGCGCAGGACCUGCCGUGCAGGCAGGAGGACCCGAUCCUGUGAGGACCGUGCCAGCUCUGCUCUGCUUUUUUGUCCCCCGUCUCUGCGUUGAGCUCCUUGCCAGAUGGACUCGUGCACACAGAUCACACAGGUGUAGCUGUUGGGCUGCUGCAGCCCCGGGGUCACCGUCUGCUGCCAACCUGCCUGGUGUGUAAGCCGUGUGCUGACACCCAUCAGCAUCCAGCGCUGCUUCUUUCAGUAGAUCUGAGCUGGAAAAUCGUUCACUUUGGAAUAAAAGCAUGAAGCUCGACACGUAGGUAGCCAAAUAGCUUCUUUUCCAAUGUAUUCUCACCUGUGCACCACGAGAGACUUCACCCUGUGAGUAUGAAAAGUACCUCGCUCCCACCUGUUGUUGAGCAAAGGGCAUCCGAGCCAGACUUGGGGCUCCGAGGAAAACACCACCUUUAUUUCCAACUGUGAUCUGUGUGUAGUGCAGAUGAGAUUUGCCCAACCACCGGGUGCGCCUUGGGGGUGAGGUGAACACAGUGCUUUCACUGCUGGAGUCAUUGUGCUCCGCAGGGUCGCUGUCUGAUGGUGACUGCAGCACGAGGCUGUUGUCUGCCCAAGCGUUACACCUUUCCGUUUUUUGCUCUUAGGGAAGAUGUGUUGGUUCAGAGCACCAGGGCUGGAGAUGGGAGCGCGGGAGGCGGUGUGAAAGCGAUGCGCUGGGGUUGUGAGCUGCUGAUGGCUGCCAUUUGUGCCUGCUGCAAUCCCUGGGUGCUCGCGUGGCACAGCGCCGUUGUUUUGGAACUCUUUCCCCCUCCUCCUCCUCGUAACUUAAAAGAGAGAAUUUAAAGAUGCUUUGUGCUGGAAGGAGAACUCUCACCUGCUUUGUUACCCUGCUUGCCCAUUAGAGAGCCGUCCCGCUCUUGGCCAGGAUGAGUAGUUUGGAGUUCCUCGUUGGCAACGUGUUUGAUGAAGUCUUAAUUUUCAGAGGAUUGGUGCUAGAGAUUUUCUGGAAACCAGGUUAGGGAGUUCUUUAAACACCCCAAAAACGAUACUAUAGGAAAGCAUUCGUCAAACAUUGAUCUCUGCAGCUGAUGGAAGGCUGCUAUGGGGCUCAGUCCCAGUAACUUCCAGGUGGUGACAGUGUGCUUGUCCGGUCCCUUCCCACCUACAGUCCCACCAGUGGCUGUGAGCUCUGCCGUGCUGCAGCCGUGCCCAGCCUGCUCAGGCCCAUCGGCAGCAGGCAGGAUGGGAUCUCCCUCCCAUCGUGAGGUGUUUCCAGCUCCCUUGCUCUGCUGACACACCAUCUUUGCACGAGAUGCUGCCAUACCCUUGCAGCACAGUGUUGGCUGGUGUCACAGGAGCCCUGCUCCGCUGUCCCUGCGUGUUCUGCUGUGCUGGGCCUGGCUUUGGGAGCAGAGCUGCAGAGGUGUGCGAGGAUUUCUCUCUCUGUGCCUUCCGUUGCCCUCUCCCACCUUUUGGCUUUGAGUCUGUAAGUCUGAAGGGAAGCUCGUGAUGAUGUAUUUCAAACCUAGCGGUAAGCAGACUGCAGGUGUAGUGCAGCUGAACUUACUGAGGGACUCGGCACCAACCAGAGGGUUUCUCCUUGCUGGAUUUGGGGCUCUGCAAUGCAGAACAGACCCAGAGCCCAACUACAUCCACAAGAAAAGCCCCCCUACCUGUGCAGUUUGAUCAGGAAACAACAAAGUCAGACUUAGCCCUGUCCUUCCUCUUCUACGUGCAGUGUUUGGACUUUGUCCAUGUCUGUGUGGCAUGUAGAAUUUGGGUUUUGAACACGUGUGAGCGUGUCUCCGGGUGCAAAUCUGCAGUGUGUGUGGUCCCAGGUACGUUCAGCACACAUGCAGUUGGGUAUUGCAAGCUGGAGCAGCGAGAUGUGGACUGAGAGCGAGAUGGAAACACGGGGUGGAGGGAGUAGGGGGGUCGAAUCAACAUUUCUCUUUGCUUUGGUUUUUAAUUGGACCUCGUGCUUGAAUCCUUCCUUGCUGCACACUAAGAGCAGCGAAGGCAGAGAGCUGGUGCUGCAUUCCCUCUUCGUACCGAGAUGCGGCAUUGAGUCCUGGGCUGGAAUUCCUUUGCUGUCCUCGAGAGGCGAGGGCCUCAAACCCACACGCAGGGGAUCAGUCCCUCAGAUGACAGCAUGCCACGGCCCAGCUGGGUGCUGCGAGCUCUGAGCACAGGGUCGGCGGGUUAAAAACCAUUUGCAAUGAGGUUUGGGCUGUGAUUUACCUCUGCGUGGCAUCGACAACAACAACGACAAAAAGCAACCUUUGGUCGGGGCGGCCGUGCGUCGUUAGCUAAUUACGGACAGUGCCUUAGCUUAUCUCCGGGGUUAUGCACCGUUUUUAUAGGUCUGAGCUGAAGUGGGAGCCUCCAGAAGCACACACACAACGUGUCCAACCAUCUCUGCAAUGCAUCCCGGUGGCCGUUUUGAGACUCUUUGGGUUCGAUGCGGUUCUGACGGACUCGACGUGGCUGAAGUUCCCAGGUCACAGGGAGUGAGGAGGUGAUCUCUGGGUGAUGCUUUCCCUCCGUGGCAGCUGCCGACGGUGCCAUCUGAUGGGACGUUCCCAGGAACCUGAGCAGCAUUUGCUGUGUACGUAUGCAUAGAAACCUCCUGCCGGAUGGAAGCAGGGAAAACAAAACGAUCAAGCUCCGAUGUGUUCACUUGUCUCACCCAGAACUCACUCACCUCACUGCUGGAAGGCCGUUACGGCGCUGCUCUGACCUCUCCAUUAAGUGUUGUACAAAAAAUUGACCAUUUCCCAAUGACUGUUACCUGUCACCUUUCCCAGCCUGCAUAUAAAGAUGUUGGUGAGAUGCACUGUGUGCAAAACGUGUUUUUGUAUCUCUCCGUGGAGCUGCGGGGCUGUUUGUAAAGGGCGCAUUCUUCCCCAUCUCUUUAUUAUUUCCUCAUCUGUUUGGACAGAUGUCAACUAUUAAAAACCUUUUCUCGGCG